UUCUUUUUCAUUCACUCGGUUGAGUUCAAACUACGCCUCAAACUCUGUUCAAUAUUGCAGCGCUCAUAGUGUCCUAAGGAAUGACACUGCUUGGAUAUAUUCAGCAAGUGCACCUUUUUCCUGGUCAUGUUGUAUGCAAAAGGAACAUCUUUCCUGUAAAGCUUAUUUUCAAUUGAAUCAAACAGGACAGCUACACGCCACUCGGAUAAAGGGAACAAGUGAACUGUUUUCACAGAGUCUACAAACAAAGCAAAAGGCAUCAUAUUAUAGAGACUACCCGGAACCAAGGUGCCUGGGACUGUUGGAUUCUCUGAACUUUCAGAGAAAGGUAUUGUUUAUACAUUUCCCAAAGUUAACCAGUAUUCGUCAGUCGAAGAGCGGCUGGCAAAGAAUUUGCUGCAGUUCGGUGAGUACUGUUAGCACAGAUGAUCCUGGUCGCUCUUCAAAGUCCAUUGAAGGAUCGAAUCGUGUUUGGUUGGAACUGCGUCAAGCAAAACCUGAAGAACUUGUCGCAGUGGCGGAGAUAAGAAGAGUAGCUUUUACGCCCGAGGAAACUUUUUCCACGCAUUUGACAGAAGAAAAGAGACAACAGGAUAUUUAUUAUGCUAUAUUAGAGCGAUUGAAGAGGCCUGGAACUUGCUGCCUUGUAGUAGUAAAAAGAACUUCAACUAAUAAUGAGAACAGAUCCUCUGUAGAAGAGGCAAAGGAAGUAGAUAUUCAUGAGGAAGAAAUUGUUCUAGGUACAUGUGAUGUUUCUAUUCAUGAUGCUGAAAGUGGACUGCGAGUCCGAACAUCGAACUUUAAGAGAGUUGUUUAUGUUUCUAGUAUGGCGGUAAGACCUGAAUAUCGAAGGAAGGGUGUUGCAAAAAGGUUGUUAAAUGGUGUAUUGGAUAUUGCCAGGUUGGAGAAAAUUGACGAUGUAUUUCUUCAUGUUGACGAAACCAACACUCCCGCAGUCAGGCUUUACUAUUCUUUUGGUUUUCAGCGUUUUCCUCUUCCUAUCCCUAUGUGGCUGAGAACCAUGGCAAGACAUGAUCAUGUGCUUCUUUGGCAAGAUUUGAGGAGAGUUGAAGAGUAGAAAUGUACCGAGAGAAAGAAACGGCGCAUUCUGAUGGGAAGCUUGUCUUAAUGAGCUAAAUGAGGUUUACUCUCGAAGCAGUUUGCUCCAAAGAAUUUGUCAAUAGAAAGUAUAAAAUCCGUUAAUUUGUUUAUGAAUCAAGACCGCCUUAAUGUCAACCAAC